AUGGAAAUAAGAAAUAAUUAUGUACUGGAAUCGGCCGGCACUUUGAGGUCUACGUCAACGAACCCCCUCCCGAAUGCUCCCGAAGUGAUCUCGGCGCAUUCUCUAUCUCGUAAGGUCUCGUUGCUCCACGAUCUGAACGUCGGAAACAUCCUCGGUACCGAUCUCACGGACAACACUACCUUGUCUACGAGCACGAAAAUAAUAUCAUGUACCAUUCUGAGGUUUUGUGAUCCCAGCCAGACAGCGUAUGGGUACAUCAUCGACAAAAUCGUCACCGUCGGACUGGCUCGUUAUGCGUGCACCAACUUUGGGACGUUUUGGACAGACAUCAAUGUGCUCCGAUUUUACCUUCUUGAGUGUUUUCGGGCUUCGUAUGAGUGUCAAUCUGAUGUACUAAGGGCAAGCUUGUGCUGUGACGGGUACCAUGCCGAGAUUUUGCAAUUUCGACCAAGUGGGAUAGAGGCUUCGUGGACGUGUCGAUUUGUUGUACUGAUGGCAGUUGUGUGCGACGUCGGGGCACUGACAAAGGAUGUCAAUCGUUAUCAAUAA